CCGAUUAGAAGGGUUAGGAGCGUUCUAGAAAAGCACAAGCUCCGCCCAGUAAUGGAUAUGUACGUCUGAGGGGAGCAGUGUAUGUCGUACUGUGUGUGAGGGAAGUGAGGUGAGCGCGCUUCGGGGGGCUCCCCCAUGCUGGUUCGGACGUGUGGUGACCUCUGAGGGAGGAGAGGUGACGCCUGGUGACGGGGGAGAGUUGGAAUGGCUGCCAUUAACCAAGCUUUUAGUGCAAUACCAUUGUGCAUGAUGGAGUACCAUCAGCCAGACUCAUUCCUUCAGAGGACCAAUGCAUCAGGGAUUGUAGACUCUCCUUUCUGUGAUACAUCUGACAAUGAACAUAACCAAAUGAACAGUAUUCCCAUUGGUACUGGCCCCAGCAAUAAUGGUUCUUGCUUCAAUAUGUACAAUCCUUUUAUUGCAAACCCAACUGGAGGAGAAAGUAUGGGUGUGUUUUUGGGAAAUGCAUUAUCUGUGCAGAAUCCUGAGAGAACCCAUCUUCUAUCUCAGACUUAUACUGGGCCCAGUAGCCGGAUAAGGAAAAAGCAUAGACAAGACCAAGAUGGCUUUGACUAUCCAUCGAAGAGAAGAAAGCUAUGUGCAUCCCCUGUUCUUGAAGAAUGUCAAGCUCUAACCACUUAUACUGAAGAUACACCACAGCCUUGCUGGAGACCUAACCAUUCACAAAUCAUGGCAGCAUCUGUAGCUCCAUCACCAUGUAUACCACCAUCUGAGAUGCAGACCGCUCCUACUGAGAGCAUGGAUGAAACCACUGUAGAAUCCCAAUCUGAUACUGCUCUUAGAAGAAUUCGGGAUAUUGAAAACAGGCUAGUCCUUGAAGAGGAUGAAGAAGAAAAUAAAAAUGAUCGUUUACCCACACUUGUAAUGUCUGAUGUACUUCUUGAAAGCUUGAAAAAAGGCUUGGAUGAAUCACUGACCAGGAAGAUUGUAGAUUCCAUGAAUCGUCCAUCCAUGGAGCUCGUCCUUUGGAAACCCCAACCAGAAUUUCUUGGUCAUAAACACCGGAACUUUACCAGUUGUAAUAAGGAGGAAAGAGAAGCAUCCAGACAAGAUACUCCUAAAAUGCCAUUCCUUCGGCAAGUCAACCCACUGGAGGAAGACAAAUCGCACAUUUUGAAUUUAGACUGUGAUAAUGACCCCUUGUGGGGCAGGGAAGAUGAGGAAAUGGAACUUUGAGAAGAAUUUCUAUUUUUUUUUUUUUUUUUCUGACAGAAAUUUUGAGCAGAAGUUGGUUUUCAUGAAUAUUGCCAACUAUAAACUUUUGGUCUGAUAUAUAUGUUGAUUCUGUGGAGUUCCAAUUUUGCCAAUUUCUUUUUUUCCUGAAUACGUGAGUUUUCCAGAGAACGCCUGAAAUGGAGACAUUAUUUUCCUUAUGUAGGCUGGGAUUUCCAGCCUUUGCUACGUUGACACCAUUCAUAAACUGUGCUGAUUCACAUGGGACUUUAGGGACUUUAGUGUCCACUACUUGGCAUUCCCCUUAUUGCAGAGCGAGAACUUUCUGUUACUUGAUUGGCUCUGUAAACUUAUGGUGAAACCAGUAUUUUAAAGGGUUAUGGAAUAUAUACUUUGGGGCAGUUUUUGUUAGCACACAAGUUUUAUUCAGUUAAUUUGAAUAUCCUUGAAUUUUGUCUUAAAGUGCACCUGUGCCCAGACUGCAGAUAUUAAAAAAAAUAGUUUUCUUGCAUAUUCCCAACAAAACCGUAGCAGAGCUUUAAAAACAAAUUCCUGACCUCUCUGUGUAACUCUCUCAAACAUCACAAGAAAGGCCUUUAGCUGUCCAAUUUCAGUAAGUUUCUAACCACUUAAAGUGACGCAAAUUCUAGUUUAAAAAAAUGUAUUCAGGUAUAUAUUCUUACCUCGAAAAUUUUAAUUAAAAAUUCCUUUUUUUAUUUUCUACUGUGGGCAGACUUUUUGCUAUAGGGUGGCUUUCUGUGGUCCCAUUCUUCUUCUUUUUUUGUU